AUGGAUGUUAGAUUAAGCGAAGAAAAAAAACAAGAAGAAUUGUUGAAAGCUAAAGGUGGGGAUCUUCCAUCAAUUCCAACAUCUAAAUUUUUACAAAAACGUCUAAACCAAAGAAAAUUUUUUGAUUCUGGUGACUAUAAUAUGAAUAAAGAACAAGAAAAGAAAGCACAUCCUCGUGUUCAUCCAUUAAAUCAAAGUUGCAAUGAGCCGCUUCCACCACCACAACCAAAAGAAUUAGAUGCAAUUAAUGAAGAUGGGUUGACAGUACCAACACCAGAAAAUGUUCCACAACGUAAAAGUUCUAUACUAUUUCCCGAUGUACACAGUAAACUAUCACCAACCCCACAUAUCCAUCAUGAACAGGAUGAACUUUUUUCAAAAAAUUGA